AUGCUCGGACUACUCAUCAUCUCUUCACUGCUGAGCAGUGUGUCUGCGAUCUGUUGUUUGCCUUAUCACGAAAGAACAACUACUGGCAACCCCGACCCGGCUCUAUGCCCUACCACCAUCAACGCCCGGUCUGGGAAAGAGACUCAAUCCUUGUGGGCAUGCUGCUACAGCCCCAAACGGAACGCUCAGCACUGCACCCACGAUUACUCCCAGCGCUAUGAUCAGUCCCUACGGGAUGGUCCACUUUACUGCCACUAUGACAGCAAUACGAACCCACAAAUCGACGAUGGGUUCUGGGCCUGCAUUGCUAAUCCAAACUGA